AUGCCCAAGACAAGCUUCUUUUCACGUACGGCCGAUAUGAACCCCUCUUCCGGGGUCUCUGAGGCUCCAGAAGACAUAGCUCCAGAAGCCAUAGGUGGUCACUCAAUUGCUGACCUACCGCCCGGCUACUUCAGAAGUUUGCCAUUCCUCGCCACUUUCGUGUCCGUAUCGCUGGCGUACGUGGCUUGUCUACUCCUCUAUGUGAUGAUGGCUACCACUGUCCCUAUCAUUGCUCAAGUUUUUGGUAAGACACCUGAUGGCAUUGCGGUUGGUGCCAAAGAUCACUUUCAAGAUCCCCCUCCUUUUUCCGUCAACGGGACAAGAACUAAUGCUCUAUACCGGACAUUAGGCCCCAGUUCGUCGGCCAUCUGGGUUCUGCUCAAUAUUGUUCUUGGACAGACGGUUGUCUUCACUUUGAACGGCCGACUGUCUGAUAUUUUCGGACGCAGAUAUUUCUUCAUCGGUGGAGCUGCCCUUGGCGUCAUCGGUUUUGUAAUCAGCGGCAGUGCUCAUAAUCUGUCGACCAUUAUUGGAGGUAACUUCGUCAUCGGUGUCGCGCAGGGAAUCAUGCAGACUGAGGGAAUUUUGUUUGGAGAGAUGAUUCCGAACGAGUAUCGCUACACAGUCUUGUCUGCUGUAUUCGCCUUGUUCGCCCCGCUCAUUGCUGUUGGGCCAGGAAUUGCCAGAGUUAUGGUCGUCAAUGUCUCGUGGCGAUGGGUCUACUACCUGGGCGCUAUCAUUUCUGGCUGCAGCGGCCUCCUUCAGCUCUUUUUUUACUUCCCGCCAACUUUCCAUCAGUUGCAUACGCGGACCAGCAAGCGCCAGGCCAUUCUAUACUUCGAUUAUGGCGGAGCAGUUAUUUUCUCUGGCAGCUUGGUAUCAUUUGUCUUGGGCAUGUCCUGGGCAGGACAGAAAUACGAAUGGAAAUCCGCUGCAGUGAUUGCCCCAAUAGUUCUGGGAGCUCUAGGCAUGGUUGCCUUUGGGUUCUGGGAGCAUUUCGUCCCCGUCAGAGAGCCACUUGUGACAAUGCGCCUUUUCAAAAAUCGCAACUUUGUUGCGCUUUCUAUGGUCUCUGGAGUUGGAGCUAUGAUCUUCUACGCAAUGAAUCUGACAUACCCACAACAAAUCGCCGCAGUCUGGGGAGAAAGCACCGAAGCCUCUGGCUGGUUGUCGUGCACUAUCAUCGGUGGUGUAAUGUUGGGCCAAUUCAUGUCGUUGGGGGUUAAGUAUGUCUCGCGCUGGAUCCCCAUGAAAUGGAUAUUGGUAGCCACUUGUGUCAUCUUUACUACCUUCAUCGGUGGCAUGGCAAAGGUAACAGUCGACCACAAGGCAAGGGCAAUCAUAUUCAGUAUCAUUUCCAGUACAAUGGUCGGUGUAAUGGAAGUCAUCACCAUGGCCGGAGCUCCAUUGAUGAUCGAUCCUCAAGACAUGGGCCUCGCCAACGGUAUCGAAUUUACCAUGCGAGGUAUUCUUUCCUGCAUUUCAACUUCGGUGUAUUCGGCGAUUCUCUCUAGCAAGAUAAAGCACUAUUUUGCCACAGAAGUAGCCCCGGCAGCUUUGAAAGCUGGCCUGUCUGUGGAGGUCGUUCCAACCUUUUUGCAAUACCUUGCUGCUGGCAAUAAGCAGGGCCUCAUCAGUCUGCCUGGGGUAACCCCAGAAAUUCUGCAGACUGUCUUUGCGGCCGCAACUUCUGCUUACGCCAAGUCGUAUCAGCUGAUUUAUCUUGUCAGCCUGGCUUUCGGAGGCACGACCAUUAUUUUCGCUCUGCUGGUUGAUGGCAAGGCUUUGGAUGCUAAAAUGACGAGCGAUAUUGCUCGCAAGUUGCAGAGCGGGUCAGUUCUUCAAGGUGUCCGUGAACAGUCGAACCAUGAGUCGAAUAAUGAGUCGAACCGCGAGUCGACCCACGAGGCAAACGCCGAGAAGGUGUAA